UACACCUCACAUGGUCAAUGGCGAAGUGUGGUCGUUGGCAUUUCACCACAUAAGAAAACAAAAAGGAAGCGUAAAAUUGAAUCAAUUGGACAUCAGAAAGGAAAAAUCGUGAAUCAGGGAGUCCUAAAUAAUUUUCUGGUGUUCUUUGACUGCUUUUUAAGCCGGCGGGUUACGAUUUAUUCCCGCCAUACGGUAAAUUGUUAAUCUUAGUCGAGUGUCACAAACAUGGCAUCGAACGGUGUAGACGGAGAAAGCAGUGCUGAUCGAAAUGUUGAGAUAUGGAAGAUCAAGAAGCUUAUAAAGAGUUUAGAAGCUGCAAGAGGAAAUGGUACGAGCAUGAUUUCAUUAAUCAUUCCACCAAAGGAUCAAAUCUCCAGAAUUGCCAAAAUGUUGGCUGAUGAAUUUGGAACCGCAUCCAAUAUCAAGAGUAGAGUAAACCGCUUGUCCGUGCUGGGAGCCAUUACAUCUGUACAACAGAGGUUGAAGCUGUACAACAAAGUUCCACCCAAUGGAUUAGUGAUAUACUGUGGUACCAUUGUAACAGAUGAAGGCAAGGAGAAGAAAGUGAACAUAGACUUUGAACCUUUCCGGCCCAUUAAUACAUCCCUGUAUUUAUGUGAUAACAAAUUCCACACAGAGGCAUUGACAGCAUUGUUAGCGGAUGACAACAAAUUUGGUUUUAUUGUGAUGGACGGUAAUGGAGCAUUGUUUGGGACUUUAUCAGGAAACACGAGAGAAGUCCUACACAAAUUCACAGUUGAUUUACCCAAGAAACAUGGUAGAGGAGGUCAGUCUGCACUGCGUUUUGCCCGUUUACGUAUGGAGAAACGUCACAACUAUGUCAGGAAAGUUGCAGAAGUUGCUGUACAGCUGUUCAUUACCAACGACAAGCCAAACAUUGCUGGGCUAGUAUUAGCCGGAUCAGCCGAUUUCAAAACGGAACUCAGUCAAUCAGACAUGUUUGAUCCAAGAUUACAAGCCAAGAUCAUCAAAAUUGUUGAUGUAUCUUAUGGAGGAGAAAACGGUUUCAACCAGGCCAUUGAACUAGCGACAGAUUCUCUCGCAAAUGUGAAAUUCAUACAAGAAAAGAAACUCAUAGGUCGUUACUUUGACGAGAUCUCACAAGACACAGGGAAAUAUUGUUUUGGUGUGGACGAUACUUUGAAGGCAUUAGAAAUGGGAGCCGUGGACAUUCUAAUCGUCUGGGAGAAUUUAGACGUCACAAGAUACGUGCUGAAGAAUCAUGCUACAGAUGUGGAGAAUAUUCUUUUCCUUCGGCCUGAGCAAGAAAAAGACAAAACCCACUUUAUAGAUAAAGAUACUGGUGUAGAAUUAGAAUUGGCAGAGCAGAUGCCCUUAUUAGAGUGGUUCGCAAAUAACUACAAGAAUUUUGGUGCCACCCUAGAAAUCAUCACAGACAAGUCACAAGAAGGAGCCCAGUUUGUACGAGGAUUUGGUGGAAUUGGAGGAAUAUUACGGUAUCAGAUAGACUUUCAAGUGUUAUCAGGGCAGGUGCUGGAUGACCUGGAUGAUGAUUUUGAUCUAGAUGACUACUGAAGGAUUAGUCCAUUCUCUUCAAAGGAACCAAAUUUCACAACUGACCGACCUUGCACUCCCGCGGUGCAGGAUGGGAUAUCGAUCGUGGUUCAGUGAACGUAACAUUACUGGCCUCAAUUGGAUGUCAUAUUGGGACACUGCCUCUUGCUGACGAAAAAUGCUUCAGAAUUUUCCAGCUAUAAAUUUAAUGUAUUUAUUAUUUCAGGUCUUCUUUGUUAUUAUUACCUAGAUUUAAAAAAAAAUGAUGAUGCAAGUCAUGUUUCAUGCUCAUGUACAGUAAAUGCAACUUUCACUGACCAGUGGCUAAGUGUAUUGUAUUAUUUUUAUUUUUACCAAUAUUUAAGUUGUAUGUUGAAUUUAUGUUCAUGUACAUGUAUGUUGAUUUUGCAAAAUAUUUAUGGUCUAGACGAUGAUGUUAAAAUGUUAGGAUGUAUCUAAAAGGGUCUAUUGAAGAGAAACACAUGCAAGUUGAUGACAACAGUACUCAAUUUGCUAAGUUUUUAUUCUUUUCCAAAAUUUUUUUCCUAGUAAUAUUAUUUUCAAUGAUAAGUCUCAGUCCUAUUCUAAAAGUGCACAGUGUAGUUUAAAAUUAUGUAUCUGAUGCAAUAUUUUCAUGCUGGCAUUUAUAUAUCCAAGCUGGCUUCAUUGAUUUUAAAGCACAUUCAGUACAUGUAACUAUCCUUAGGAAAAGUAAAAUAUUAAGUAAUUCUUAUCAUAAAAUAGAACAAUAAGAAAUGGAUGUUUUCUAUAACUUUCUUGUUUGUUCAGUUGUAAUUUAUGAUUUUGUUUUAUUUAAAGUUGAAAAUAAAAGGUGUUUAUAUUAGCACUGGCCUUGUGAAAGCAUAUCUAUGUUCUUGAUCUGAUGUUAUUACAUGAAUGAAUGGAGAUUGGUGUAUUUGUCUGUCAUAAUGUGUGCUUCAUUCCAUAUGAUGGACCUGUGUUAUGAUGGUGACAUUUUAAGAGGAAUCUGAAAUUUGAUGAUGCAGUGUGCUUAUAUGUACACUCUAUCCACAUGAAUUACUAUUUACUUUAUUUGUUAUACAUCUGUUAAUAAUUUUGUGAAUUUGAGAUACUGUAUAUUGUUAUUUAAAAUGCUUUGUUCAAAACUGUUGAUAAUGCAAUAUUUGCAAUUUAUUUACCAAUUAAUUUCAGUAUGUCCACAUCUUAAAUUCACUCCUCUCCCCUCCCCUUCCCAACCCACUUUUUUUGCAAGUCAAGCAAUGACAACUUGACAUGUACUGUAUCACUUGUGAAUUAGGAGUCUGAAACUGGAUUUGUCACCGAGAUUUGAUUUACAGAAUAUAUGGUAUGGUUAUUGAAUGCUUUUACCAAUUAUUGUCAUCUUGCUCUCAAAUAUUUUCAUGCAUUUAUUUCGACUUCUGGUACACUCAUUUAUUUUACUCAAUCUAAAAUGUCCAAGACCACAUUUUGAUUAAAUUCCAUUGUAUCCCCUGUAUAUGAAAUGGAGAAAGAACGACUUGGUUAUAAUUUAUUAUCUAGCAGUUGGCAUUAUAUCAAGUAUAAAUCAAAAACAAUUAUCUGAAUUCUGAGACUUGUUUACUAUGUGGAUUAAAACAUUGAUUCAUUACAGAUUUUAUACUACCUCAUGUGUCUAUUAAGUUUUGACUUAGAUCACAGCAUGAAUACAAGAUGUUGCAUCUGCUGAGGAAAUGAUGGAAGUGUUUUAGUACAAUGAAGAACUAGUUAUUAUGUAUUUAUGUCUUUGCUAAUUGCUUUCUGAAAUCGAGAAUACAUUGUCUGCUAUGUUCAAAGAGAAAUCAAACUUGGGGACUUGGUACCCAAGUGUUUUUUAAAAGAAACACAGAAUAAAACAUGGUUGUCAUGA